AUGGCUUUCAAUUUCCCUCAUCUUCUUAAACUUGACAAACGAAAGAGCUGCUUUGUUGCGGAAAGAAUUGGCUCUCAUAGGCUGAAGUGGGAUUGGAAAAGGAAACCCAACACUGUGAUUGAGCGUGAGGAGUUGGAUUUAUUAGUUAGGCUUGUGGAACGGGUGCAAUUUUCUUCAAAGCCUGAUAAAUGGAAGUCGAGAUUUUCGGGGGAUGGAGGUUUCUAUGUUCAUGACUUGCGUAGUGUGAUUGAGGAUUUGAAUGCCCCUGUUGUAUACAACCCAACGGUUUGGCCUAAGAUUGUUCCGCUAAAAGUUUCAAUUUUCGUUUGGCGUGCAUGUAUGGAUCGUAUCCCUACUGCGAUGGCUUUGGCGCGUAGAGGUGUGAAUGGUAUGUCGACUUCUUGUUUACUUUGUAACGUGGGAAGUGAUGAGACAAACCAUAUUCUUUUGCAUUGCCCUGUUGCUCGGGAUGCGCUGAUGUGGCUGCUUAAUUGGUGUAACAACCAACCGCCUGCUUUCAAUGGUGUUGGGGAACUUGUAAAAUUUGUUGGGUGUUGGGGUUCCUGCCCGAAAAGAAGGAAGAUCUUAAUCGCCUUAUGUUAUGGGUUCUUAUGGUGUGCGUGGAAGAUAAGGAACGAACGGAGGUUCAACGACACUUGUAGUUCGCAGUCAAAAUUGGCGGAUAAUGUUGUUUCUUUAGUGUUUGGUUGGGUGAAAUACAGGGGAAACUUUGAUAGUUGUAAAUGGGAAGAUAGGUGUAUUUCCCCUUUUAAUGUUUUGUAA